GCCCUCACUAGCCGAGCCUGCGUGUCGAAGGCGUUAUGCAGCUGCCAGUCAAAGGUUGUUUCAGCAGCCACGAAGCCGCUGCCAUGGCAAACUCGUCGCUGGCCAGGUCGAGUGAGGGCGGCGCCCGCCGCCGCGUGCCCUUCCCCGAGGUCGUGUCUCGACACCCCAGUCUCGCCGUGCCCUUGCCGCUCCUCCAGCAUUUGCGCGCCGACAGCCGCUUCGGCCGCACCGGCAGCGCCCAGCCGAACAUCGAGGAAGGAGGGUCGGGUAGAGGUCGCUGUCUUCCUCGUCCGAGGCGUGUGGCGCGGCACGGAUCACCGCAGCAUCCGGGAAGGGCGCGACGACGCAGACAAUGAAGACGUCAGAG